CCGUGUGGUCAUCAACUUUCCUGAUGUACCUUAACAGCUGAAGUCUGAGCCACAGCCCCUGCUCUCUCAAUGCAAACGCAGCGAGAGAGAGAGAGAAAGAGAGGGAGAGGGAGUGUGUGCGUGUGUGCGUCCGUGUGUGUGUGUGCGUAGAAAGAAAAAAAACUAGGGCACGGUUCCCUGGCCUCCUUUUUCAAACCAGAAGCAGAAAUUUGUUGGGAGAGCGAGAAGGGCUGAAGAAACAGCGGGGAGCGUGAGGUCGUUGUUGAGGAGAGAGAAGCCCAGAAAACUCGAAAAGGUCCAGGAAGCCCGGCGCCAGAAGAGAGGGGGGAUCCCUGUGUUGCGAAACGGAAUCGAAAAUACAAACGGGCGAAGCGGUCGAUCGAACGAACGAGGGGCCACCAUGCUGGAGGACAAGAGGACAAAGGUUAAGAUCACCUUCUUCGUCAUCCUGGUGGGCAUCAGCUGCAUGUUCACGGCGGUGGUGACGGAUUACUGGGCGGUGCUCAGCCCGCGCGUGGAGAAGCUCAACACCACCUGCGAGGCGGCCCAUUUCGGGCUGUGGCGGCUCUGCAAGAAGAGCAUCUUCAUCGUGGAGAAGGCCACCAAGGAGAAGGGCUGCGGCCCCAUCAGCCUGCCCGGGGACUACAACUGCUCCUACUUCAAACACUUCACUCCCGGGCAAGAAGCGGAGGUUUUUGAAGUGAAAACUCAGAAAGAGUACAACAUCUCGGCGGCCGCCAUCGCCAUCUUCAGCCUGGCCUUCAUGAUCCUGGGAACGCUCUGCAUCCUGGCGUCCUUCGGGAAGGGCAGGGACUACCUGCUGAAGCCAGCCGGAAUGUUCUACGCCUUCGCAGGACUCUGCACUAUAAUAUCGGUGGAGGUGAUGCGCCAGUCCGUGAAGCGGAUGAUCGACAGCGACGAGACGAUCUGGAUCGAGUACUACUACUCGUGGUCUUUCGCCUGCGCCUGCGCAGCCUUCGUCCUCCUCUUCCUCAGCGGGAUAGGCCUCCUCUUGAUUUCCAUGCCGCAGAUGCCCCGCAACCCCUGGGAAACCUGUAUGGACGCCGAGCCGGACCCCAUCGAGUAACUGACAGACCGACAGACCGACCGACAGACAGACAGACAGACAGACAGACAAUAGCAGCUACUGCAUUGUUGUUUCUGUGAUGAUCACAAUAAGUUACACGAGCAGGUCACUGAGGAGUAAUCCGAUGUUUUUUUAGGAAGUGACAAAAAAAAAAUAAGAUGCUCAACUAUUUCAGAUGCGUAAUUUCAACAAGAAAUCAUCAUGAACUGAUAUCUUAAGUUUAAAAGCGAAUAACUUGGUUCUACAUACUGUGUGUUUAGUGUGAGGUUUCUGUACAGUCAUGUCCCAUUUGUAAUUGAAAAGGUUCUCAUGCUUCGUGGCAAUGAAACUGUUGUAUUAGUUUUUGCCCUCAGGCAGCAAUCCUCCGAUAUUUUUAAGUCUGAUAUGGAGAUAUUUCGUUAAGAGCUGAAAGAACCAUAUGAAAAAUGUGUAAUGUAGUACAUAGGGGGUGUAACGCAAAAUGUAAUUUAACGCAAAACCGUAGGCGCCCGUUCAAUGUCGCACAAUGUGCUCACAGUAUGGUCGCAUGAUUACGAAGUGCUGGUAAGGCUUUGGACAAAACUGAAUGCUGACACGAUCCACAACUGAGUUGUUUUCUUUUCAAGCCAUAGAAAAAGGGCUCAUUUUAUACACGUUAUUUCACCUCUCAAUGACUAGCAGGCCGAGAGGAAGAAUGGCACCGAGCCACACUGAGUCAACAGAGGCGGGGAAUGAGUGGGACAGUACAGGCCUGUUUCGCUUCGGUAUUUGAGGAAACCGUUCUGAAUGCUAAUGCUCAGUCCCUCUGAAGCGUUCAGUGCUUGUGCAGCUAUGUUGGACAGGGUUCAGCGUUUGCAGGUGUUCAUAAAAAGCAAGAAAAUUCAAAGGGUUUUUUUUUUUAUAGAGAAGACAAGUGAACAUAAUUCCUUUUCUCUCCCCUCCUUUUUCAGAAAUGUCUUUACUGGUGAAGCCAACCGUUCUCAUGUUUUUGUGUGUGUUUUGUUUUCUUUCUUUUUUUUUAAAAGAGUCUGCCUUCAAUUCCAAAUUAUUUGACCACUCUGUAUCAAGGGUGUUUAUCUAAGGCUGUUUUUAUCAGCUUGAACCAUUUCUCCACACUUGGGACAGAAAAAUAAACAAUAAGAAAUCUUAGCUAGGGAAAGAUCUUCAGGUUUCUUAAAAAAAUACACUUGUUAAAUACAAUGUUAAAUCCCAUUUAUAAAUCCUCAGCUUACAGAUAAUGGCUCAACACACUCCAUUCUCAAUACUUCAUUUCCACACGGAAGAGCAGAACACACAAUUGGUCCAAACUUCUGAGCAGUCAUCCCCCCCCCCCCCCCCAAAAAAAAAGGAGAAUACAGAAAUGGAUGCACAGGCUACUUAAAUAGUAUAUUCUUUAUGUAUGGGAAGGUAUUGCUUUUGUAUUAUUCAACAGUAGCGCUGUUCUGUCCGCACAGGUUAUUUUGAUGCAGUAAUAUAGGCUAUGCCAGUUCCCCCCAACAAGCUACCCAGGCCCUGAUGCCUUUUCUCCCUAGAUGAUAUUUAUUUGAAUAGAGGGGAGGGGGGAACUGAAAACGAUAUAUAAGGGUCAGUGCGCUUCAGAAAUGGAAGGAUAAAGCUAUUAGAGAGGUCACAGCUGUCUCUCUGUACACCAUUAGGAUUUCAGCCAAUAGGGAAUAAGCAUAGACUUUUGUCAAAGUAGACUCUUCUUUUGGGAUGUGUACAUGUUAUGAACUAACCGCGCAAGCGGAUGUAUUUUUAAUUAAAAUAAAUUCAUUGAAACCAUG